AUGUUAGAACUUCAACCACUACUAUGUCCUUCAGUUUACUGCAUCCUCCUACCUUUGUCGUCAUCAUCUUCCACAGUGCUGUCACCGUCGCCGUUCUACGCCAACAACAACACCCUUCGCAUGUGGGAGAAUCCUUUUAUUGUUGGCAACGAUAUGGUGUGGAUCUCUAUAAGAGGCAAUGACACAAAGAUCCCCGAUUGGAUUGUAAUUGCAACACCUAUGGUGAAGGCUAGUACAAGAUCGGAAGAAGAAAACUACCUUUUAUGGAGAUUAGAGAAGGGAGUUACAGAAGGGUUGAUUGAGAUCCCAAAAGGCACGUUUGGUUUGCAAAAGCGUGAAAAUUUUCUUCGAUCGCAAGGGAGGGAGGAGAAGAGGAUGAAGAUCACGGCGUUACUCGUGCUGAAAUGUCACCCGAUUCCAGACGGUUCGGAUCCAGUGAUUCUAGCGAACGCGACGGACGUGAGUCAUUUUGGGUAUUUCCAGAGGGUCACCGUCCGGCAGUUCAUCGUGUUUGUUGGUAGGACCGUCGCCAAACGAACUCCGCCUGACCAACGCCACUCCGUCCAACACGAAGAGUAUAAGGUGCAUUCAUAUAACAGAAAUGGUCUAUGUGCGGUGGGCUUCAUGGAUGAUCACUAUCCAGUUAGGAGCGCCUUCUCUGUGCUGAAUCAGGUUAUAGAUGAGUACCAAAAGAAGCAUGGAAAUUCAUGGCAAAACAUACAAGCAGAUAUCACUGAUCAAUGGCCAUAUCUUAAUGAUGCUUUAACCAGGUUUCAGGAUCCUGCACAGGCUGACAAGCUGUUGAAAAUUCAAAGGGAGUUAGAUGAAACCAAAAUUAUCCUUCAUAAAACCAUUGAUAGUGUCCUUGAAAGAGGUGAAAAGCUGGAUAGCUUAGUUGAGAAGAGUUCAGAUCUUAGUGCAGCUUCACAGAUGUUCUAUAAGCAAGCAAAGAAAUCCAAUCAAUGCUGUACUAUUUUGUGAAAGCUGCAUAAAGUUUUUACAGAUUAUAUGAUUCAACAAAGAUAUGGAUUUUUGGGGAUUUAUACAUGCUUUAGAUAGACAAAAAGGCGCAUGCUUGUGCUCAUUCUUGUUUGUUAUUUUCGUGUAUCUAAUUUGGUUUUUAUUGUUAUUUAGAGUAUUGUCUUGUAACUAAGAGAGAACUAAAGAUGAUUUAUCACAAAAGUAAUUAAACAUCAUGUCAUAAUUUUAAUACACUAUGAUGUUCAAGAUUUGUGAUGAUAUAUCUUAUGAUUUACGAC